CCCACCAUAAGCAGAAAGCAUCAGUCAAUUCAAGGACCAAAAAGAAAACACGUACGAGAGGAAACAAUCAUCCAUGGUCGUACCUAAUUUUUGCCUCCAGUUUAUGCUUUAAAGUGGGACUGGAGUAAUUAUCAUUCACUAGUCGUUGAGUAGAUAAGACAUUUCUCGUGCUGGUGAUAGAGUUACCGAGGGAACAUGGCUUCAAGGCGGGUAAGUCCGCGACCAAUAUCCAGUGGUUCGACUGCUGCCGGGCGACUGACGCCAAGAGACGAACAUGAGAUGGAUCAAAUCAUGGAGGAUGAGGUGCAAAGACGACCGUCUAGCUCAGCCUCUCGGCAGGCUUGGAGUGACAACGAUGGUUUUGACAUGGGGAGCGAAGAAAAGGGAAAUUAUGGUCAAGAUUUCGACGACCAAGAUGAAGAGGAUAAGGUUCAUGCUCCCACCGCCAUGGAAAGCGAGUUGUACGUCGGCGGUGAAAUUCGUACCAUCGACCCCAAAGUAGCAAAGCAGAAGGCGGAACAGGCAAAAGCGGGAUGCUUCACCAAGAUAAAGAGAGGAAUAAGAUCUCUUUGGCGGACUCGGCAGACAGAUGACACUAAACAAGAUAAAGAGCUUCAUGUUAAGACCACCCUGAGAGAGCUGAUUAUUUACCUAGUAUUUCUGCUCUUUUUGUGUUUGAUGACUUUCGGCAUGACAAACUCCAACAUGUAUUACUACACCAAGGUGAUGUCGGAGCUUUUCCUGGACGCCCAAUUCCCUGACACCAAGAAUACUUUCCGUGGAAUGACAACAAUGACUGAUUUCUGGCGCUUUGCAGAAACUCCACUGAUGGACGGCCUGUACUGGGACAAAUGGUACAAUGAUGAGAACGUAACCGACGAGGCACGAGGGUACAUCUUCUACGAGAAUAAACUCCUCGGAGUGCCACGUAUCCGACAACUAAAGGUGACCAACUCCUCGUGUGUGGUCCACAGCGAUUUCAGAGACGACAUCAAGCAGUGUUACGCGCCGUACUCGGAGAGUGUCGAAGAUAAACAAGCAUUUGGGCUUUUGAAUGGCACUGCAUGGGAGUACAGUUCUGAGGAAGAACUUGACGGCUCGGGGCACAAGGGGAAGCUGGGUCCCAACUACAGCGGCGGAGGUUACUAUGUGGAUUUGAGCCAUUUCAGACUCCGGAGCAAAGCCAUCAUUGAUGAACUGAAGGAGAAUCUAUGGCUUGACCGAGGAACGAGAGUCGUCAUCAUAGAUUUCUCGGUCUACAACGCCAACAUCAAUCUGUUUUGCAUCGUGAGACUGGUAGUUGAAUACCCACCAACUGGUGGCGCUAUUCCAUCAUGGACAUUCCGCACAGUCCGGCUCCUCCGCUACGUCACUGCCUUUGACUAUUUCAUCAUGGCUUGCGAGGGUAUCUUUUCUCUCUUCAUCUUGUACUACAUCGUGGAAGAGAUCUUGGAGAUUAAGAGGCAUCGGUUCGCCUACUUCAAGAGCACCUGGAACUGCUUGGAUGUCAUCAUCAUCAUUGUGUCGGUGAUGUGUAUGGGCUUCUACGUUUACCGUUCCAUGAGUGUGACUAGCAUGAUAGACGUUCUCCUGUCUCAACCGGAUCAGUAUGCCGAUUUUGAGUUUCUCGGCUACUGUCAAGCCGUCUAUAAUAACGUCAUUGCUGUGGUGGUUUUCCUCGCUUGGAUUAAGGUUUUCAAGUACAUCAGCUUCAACAAGACGAUGAAUCAGCUGUCUUCAACUCUGUCUCGCUGCGCCAAGGAUGUUGGAGGAUUCACCAUCAUGUUCCUCAUCAUCUUCUUGGCCUACGCCCAGCUCGGCUAUUUGCUCUUUGGCACACAGAUCAAGGAUUUCAGCACCGUCGAAAACUGCAUUUACACUCUGUUCCGUAUCGUUCUUGGUGAUUUCAACUUCCACGAGCUGGAGGAAGCAGAGCGUGCCCUCGGUCCGAUAUUUUUCAUGACAUAUGUGUUUGUCGUCUUCUUUGUGUUGUUGAACAUGUUCUUGGCCAUCAUCAACGACACUUACAGCGAGGUCAAGGCGGACAUUGCCAACCAGAAGUCUGAGUUUGAGAUCUCUGACUACUUCAAGAAGGGCUAUGAGAAGAUGGUUGGCAAACUGAACUUCAAGCGAGACAAGAUCGCCGACAUUCAGGAGGCACUUGCCCAUGCUGACGCUAAUGCAGACCAGCAUCUAGACUUUGAUGAGUGGCGCCAUGAGUUGAAGUGCCGUGGCCAUGCGGAUGCUGAGAUCGAGGCGGUGUUUGCCAAAUACGAUGUUGAUGGUGAUCGCAUCUUAGAUGCAGAGGAGCAGAUGAAGAUGGCUGCAGACUUGGAGGGACAGAAGACGGACCUCAACAACCAGCUCGCUGAACUUGAAGAGGCGCAGAUUACUACCUCCAAUGCUCCUCCUGCACGGAGCAAGAGCCGUGUCAGCUUCAACGACGGACUGGACAGCGAAGACGGUGACUCCAACGUCGGAGGGCGUGGUGGUGUAGGCGGCGUCUCCUACGAGGAGUUUGUUGUAUUGAGCCGACGUGUGGACCGUAUGGAGCAUUCUAUCGGAAGCAUCGUGUCUAAGAUAGAUGCUGUCCUCGUCAAGCUUGAGGCCAUGGAGAGGGCCAAGCUGAAGCGCCGUGAGACCAUGGGCAAACUUCUUGAUAGCAUCACAGAGGACGAGACCGGAGGAGGCAACAAGCGAGAGCAGAUGGAACGUUUGGUCCGCGAGGAAUUGGAACGUUGGGACUCUGACGCCUCCUUCUCACAGAGCAGCGGUAGGGCAGGGAGUCGAGGUGGCAGCGCCCAACGCUCUCGACCAGGAAGCUCUGCUUCACAGAGGAUCAACAUCGGGAAUAAUGCCAGCAGAACAUCCACGAGCAUGUCGAGGGCUGCGCCAAGUCGUCAAUCUGAGGAUUCUAACAUGUCGACAAGCAACGUUUAAGAUUUCGGUCGGCCACAAGUUUUAGGCAUUCAGUGAACAAUAUCACCACUCGGGCCCCUUCAAGAUCAACAUCUCAUUGGAGAGAACUUCUAGACGUUAUGCAGGUGCCUUAACUAAAGUUCUACCUGCUACUUACUGCUUGGAUCCCAGGUACCAGAUACCAGAUACCAGGUACCAUCCUCUAUUAAGAAAGUACUGCUACUCAACAUUCCAUUCUGAGACAAAUUCAGUUGAACAUGAAAACAUUGUGUAAGACUUCUGCAUCUAGGAGUACUAAAAUAUUUUCAGGCUUAGGGCUUAAGCAUUUUGUAAAGACGCCAACCGGGCUAGUGAACUGUGCAUUUUACUUACCAGUUAAAUUACCCAAUGAAGCUCUAAUAGCCAAUACAGGUAUUUUAAGAAUUUGUUGUCAUAAAUGUGUCUUUCUGAUGUAUUUCACAGUGGCAAUCACAACCAGUUUAAUG